UGCAAUCCCACAAACACUAUAAAUAUGGAAAGCAGGUGAGAUCAGUCUACUCUAUCAAAGGGAGCUCGAGAAAACUAACUGCAUCUCCUGGGUCCAGCAGUGUGAAAGGCAAUGUGUGACGAAGAGGAGACACAAGCCCUGGUGUGUGACAAUGGGUCGGGACUCUGCAAGGCAGGAUUCGCCGGGGAUGAUGCUCCCAGAGCCGUCUUCCCAUCCAUAGUGGGUCGUCCUCGUCAUCAGGGUGUCAUGGUCGGUAUGGGACAAAAAGACAGCUAUGUAGGAGAUGAAGCACAGAGCAAAAGAGGUAUUCUAACUCUGAAGUACCCCAUUGAACAUGGCAUCAUCACCAACUGGGACGACAUGGAGAAGAUCUGGCACCAUUCCUUCUACAACGAGCUCCGUGUGGCCCCAGAAGAGCACCCUGUGUUACUGACUGAGGCACCCUUAAACCCCAAAGCCAACAGAGAAAAAAUGACACAGAUCAUGUUUGAGACUUUCAAUGUUCCUGCGAUGUAUGUAGCAAUCCAGGCCGUGCUAUCUCUCUACGCUUCUGGCCGUACCACUGGUAUCGUGCUGGACUCUGGAGAUGGCGUUACUCACAACGUCCCCGUCUAUGAGGGCUAUGCUCUUCCCCAUGCUAUCAUGAGGCUGGACCUGGCUGGCAGAGACCUGACGGAUUACCUCAUGAAAAUUCUCACAGAGAGAGGCUAUUCCUUUGUUACCACUGCUGAGCGUGAGAUUGUGCGGGACAUUAAGGAGAAGCUUUGCUACGUGGCCUUGGACUUUGAAAAUGAGAUGGCAACUGCAGCAUCCUCCUCCUCUCUGGAAAAAAGCUAUGAGCUACCUGAUGGCCAGGUCAUCACCAUAGGAAAUGAGAGGUUCAGGUGCCCAGAGACCCUCUUCCAGCCUUCUUUCAUCGGUAUGGAAUCUGCGGGUAUUCAUGAAACCACUUACAACGGCAUAAUGAAAUGCGAUAUUGAUAUUCGCAAGGAUCUCUACGCCAACAACGUGCUGUCCGGCGGAACCACCAUGUACCCUGGUAUAGGGGACCGAAUGCAAAAAGAGCUCACAGCUUUGGCACCAAGCACUAUGAAGAUCAAGAUGAUAGCUCCCCCAGAGAGGAAGUACUCAGUGUGGAUCGGCGGCUCCAUUCUGGCCUCCCUGUCUACCUUCCAGCAGAUGUGGAUCAGCAAAGGCGAGUAUGAAGAAGCUGGCCCCUCCAUUGUCCAUCGCAAAUGUUUCUAAACAGACUGGCCUGCAAGACUAAGCAUUUCAAUACCUUAGUCUUGCCCCUGUGAAAGCGGAUUACGCGUUCAGUACAGCACUGUCAUUGACAACCGUUUUUCUGGCUAUACAUGGUUAUCUGGUAUUGUCAAUAUAGGAGGUGUAAAACCCAUUGUUUUCCAGUAGGCAUCACGUUAUUGUAUUGUAUCAAUAAAAUACAGUUUUAAUAUUAA